AUGGCUAGUUAUUUCAAAACUCCAUUUAAUAUUAAUGGUCAUCAUCAUUACAUUGAAGUAAAAGUACCAAAAAAUGAAACAUCAUCUACUAAUAAUAUAAUUUGUUGUGUUGAUGUAUCUGGUUCAAUGAGUGGUAGUCCAAUUCGUAAUGUUUGUGAAGUUUUACGUGAUAUAUAUAAACGUACAAAAAUUGAAUAUCCAUUAUUUACAUAUAAUACAACAGCUAAUACACAAUUAACAAUAAAAUCUGUUGAAAAUCAAGAUUUAAAUGCAAAUGGUGGAACUAGUUUUAGUUCAGUUUUUACAGCUAUACAAAAUCAUUUAAUUAAUAAUCAAAAAUCAACGACAUUUAUUUUUAUGACUGACGGUCAAGAUACGGAUUCUAAAGAUGCAUUAAAACGAGCUAUGACAAUGUUAAAUUUAACUAUCAAAGGUUUAGCAAAAACUGUUACAAUUAUAUUUCAUGUUAUUGGUUUUGGUGAUGUAAAUAAUAGUUUUUUAGAUGAAGUACGAAAACUUGGUACGAAAGAAGGUUUAUUUCGAUAUUCAACACAAUCAGCUGAAUUACAAAAUAAUUUUAAUGAUAUGUUUGAAUAUGCAAUGUCAGCAAAAGAAUAUACAAUUGUUAUUAAUAAUCAAUCAUAUACAGCAAAUAGUAAUGAAGAAACAGUAGGAUUUUUAAUUAAUAAUAUUAAUAUUGAUAAUACAAUAACGAAUGAAAUAAUAGUUCGAUCAUCUGAUGGUGAAUUAAAAGUUCCAUUGGAAUUAAAAGAAAAUAUAAGUCCACUUCAAGUUGUUCGAGCAUUAAAUUUAAUUUCACCAGAUGAUAAAGAAUCUGUUCAACAAAUUCGUACAUAUCUUUAUUCAAUUAUUCCAACAGGAAAUAUGAAUCUUACAGAGAAAUUAGAAUUAGAACAGAUUAAAAAUGAAAUUGAUGAACGAAUGAUGGAAUAUACAAAUUUAUUUACACAAAUUAAAAUGGGACAAGUACCUGAACAAGUGAAAUUAAAAUUAAGUGCAUUAAGACAUGAUGCUACAUUUGCUAAUGCACAACGACGUAAAAAAUUAGAUUUACGUAUUAAUAAAAAUGUUGAUUAUUUUCGUAAAACUGAUAUAAGUGGUAUAUUAGAUGGUUAUAAAACAUCUAUUGAUCAACAAGGUUGGAAUGAUAUAAAACAACAAAAACCAGAUUGGAUUUGUACUUAUUCCAAUGAUGAUAUAUAUGAAAUGAUGAGAAAAACAUCUGAUAAUAUAAUGUGUUUAGGAAUUUUAAUAGAACGUAAUGAAGAAGCAAUAACAUCACCAACAAAAGGUUUAAAAUUAAUUAAUGUAUCAAAUACAAUUAUUUCAUAUGAUUCAUUUAUUGCUGCAAUGAAUUUAGCAAAAACUACACAAACAAAUGAUAAUAAAUAUGGACAAUUUAAUGGUAUUAACGAUGCUUAUUGUGUUGUUGGACAAUUACAUGAAAAAAUUAAUGCUGUUAUACCACUUUAUAUUAAUUAUGAACAUAUGAAACGUAUAAGAAUCUUAGAAGGUAUUUGGUUAGGUUAUAUGUUUACUCUAGAUUCAUAUGGUUAUGAUAAACAACAAGAAAUUGGAUUACUUAAAUUACUUUAUGAUAUUAUUAUGCAACGUACUGGUACAUCGAGAUAUAAACAAAUAAUAAAAGAAUUGGAGAAAGUUUGUCAUUUUAUUAUUACUGAAUCCAUUGGUUUUAAAUCUGCUUAUGGUGAGAAAACUUAUGAGAAUUUUAUUGCAAGUAUUCAUGGACGACAAAAUGGAACAUAUGAUUUAAGUAUACCAUUAAUUAUUGGAUAUUUGAAAAAUGAUUUUAAAAGUAUUCUUAUGCCUGUUUAUUAUGAAUAUCUUCGACAAUGUUUACGUAAGAAAAUGCCAGUAGAUAAAAAUCUUAUUAUUGAUCGUUUAUUAUAUGGUGAUGAAAGUCAACGUGUAAAAACAGUCGCAAGUAAUACCAAUACAAGUGGUUUUGAUAUAAAUCAAGAUCCUGAUUAUGUUGAACAAAGUUUUAUUAAAUAUUUUCAUGAUGAAAUGUGUAAACCAAUUGAAUUAAUUCCUGAAACAACUACAGGUGAAGAUAGAAAACUUAUUACUACCGAAGCUGAAAUUGAAUAUAUAAAAACUAUUUUACAAUCAAUUGAUAAUCAAUUAAGUUUAGGUGUUCCUACUGUUAUUAAAAAUAUGUUAAAAUAUUGUGAACUUGAUGAAAAUUAUAUUGAAAAUCAUCUUGAUUAUGAUGAUUUACGAAAAGAAUUAUUAAUGAUUUUAUAUUUUGAUCCUUUUGUACCAAUCAAUAUAACUAAAUCAAAUGUAUUAAAUAUGAUUGAUGAAAAACUUCAAGGAAAUCGUGAUAAUUCAACAAUAUUUAAUUUUACACCAGAAACUAUUCGUAUUAUUACUUAUAAAAUUUUAACAGCAAAAACAUUAGAAGGUUUUGCUGGUCUAUUAAGAAAAUAUUGUCCAAAACGUUGUGGUCCAGUUUUUACUGAAUCUAUUAAAAAUUUUAUGAUUUUACCACAAACAGAGGAAAAUAAUGUAUUGAUUAAAGAAAAAUUAAUUGCUCUAUUAACGAAUACAGUUGGAUAUUCUCGAUUAUAUAAUAAUCAAAUGUCGAAUUUUUGUUGGCAACCAUUAGCUGAUGUUGAUAUUUCUCUUCUGGAAAAAAUUAUUGGUCACGAUGAAUUAAAAAAAAUCGAACAAGAUAAUAGAGGAAAAAAAGUUUUACAUAGUUAUAGAACAAUAAAUAAAGCAAAUCAACAUGGUCACAGUAAUUAUAAUCCAAAUAUGAAUUACACAUUUGAAUUUACUGGUUAUAACGAUCGACAUUGA